CAGCUGUCAAUCGAUAGUCUCAUCUCAAUUUUGACUCACCAUCGACUUUUACAGCGGCAGACCUCCUGGAAAUUUAUUUUCAAUUGUAGAAAGUAGGGAGCAGCACAUAAAAAUGACUGGCAUCAUGGAUAGCGUGGAAAUGCCCAAAUUGCCGGAAAAUCAGAAAACUUUCGCCGGCAUCCCCGAGGCAGUGUUCCUGGAGGAAAUUGACUCGUUCAUGGCGCAACCGGAGAAUGAGAACUGCGAGAAGGUGCUCCAGCGCCUGGACGAACAGCACGGAAAGUAUCGUUUUAUGGCCUACAACCUGGAGACGAGGCGCCGCAAGCUGAAGUCCCAGAUUCCGGACCUAGAGCGCUCACUGGAGAUGGUGAACGUACUUCGCAAGGAGGACGAAGAGCGUGAGACGCAAUUCCUGCUCAGCGAUCAGGUGUUCAUCAAGACUCUAGUGCCACCCACGAAAACGGUGUACCUCUGGCUGGGGGCCAGCGUGAUGCUUGAGUAUCCGCUGGACGAGGCUGAGGCGCUGCUAAAGCAGAACAUCACAUCUGCCGUUGGCAAUCUGAAGUCCGUGGAACACGAUCAGGACUUCCUAAGGGAUCAAAUUACCACGACAGAGGUAAACAUGGCUCGAGUCUACAACUGGGGUGUGAAAAAGCGGCAGGCCGCAGCAAAGACCGCCAGCAGUUCCCCAUCGUAAGGACCCAUUUUGGAAACCCAUCCCCAAAUCAACAUCAGCCGCAGGCAGUGCUACGCCUCUCGCGUAAUAUUUAUUUCGACGCUUCACCGAAAAGGCUCGGCAGGGAUUGCCGUCUGCUAUAUUCUCAUUCACCACUGAUAACAAUAAAACCGCCACACAACGCAUUAAACUGCAA